AAUUAAAAGAUCCAUUGAUUAACGAUAAUGUCGGUAAAUCAUACGGCUGCAGGAUCCCCUUAAGCCGUCUAAGGAUCUGAUAACGAAAUAAUGAUGUUGAUAACGCUAGUAAUACUGAUGUGAGUGUACAAUUCAGAAUGCAGCUAUAAUAACAAAAGUAUAUCUCUAUGAAAAAUGGUUGCAAUUUGUUGUGUAUGCGGAAUCGAAAAGGGAACUUGGCGAGAUUUCGAUUUGACGUUUCAUAGUUUUCCAAAAAAUGAAGAUUUAAGAUUAAAAUGGUAUGAAGCCAUAGGAAAAAAGGUAUACCGUAAUGCCUGCGUAUGUAGCAAGCAUUUCAAAACGGAGGAUUAUAGAAACCAUGAAGAUCCCAAUUUAAUACGAAGAUUAUUAAAACCUUCCGCAGUUCCCGAUAAUAACUUGUUCAGAGACGUGGAAUCUGUUGAAACGUCUUCAAGGUUUAACCCUGUAAAUGUUUCAGUCGGAAACAACAAUGAUGAGAGUGUUGACGUUGUUAAUCGCGUCAGUUCAGAAUAUCAAAGUAGUAUUGUUAAAAAUGAAACGAGUGACGACAGCGUGCAAGCUAAUGAAUCAAAUACAUCGAUAAAAAUCAACAAUCCAAAAACUAAGAGACGUCUCGAUGAUAAAGCAAUAUCGUACUCUACUGCUAAUCAACAAAUAAAGAAAAGGAAAACUGAAGAUUGUCAUACUCAUACUUUACAAUCAAUAGAAAAGCAAGGAAAAGUUGUCUCAGGAGUCGUAAGAAAAGAAGAUUUCAAAAAUGUAAAUGCAUGGUUAAGAUUUCAAAAAUAUAUUAAUGAGAUGAGAAAACAAUACAAAUUUUUAUUACAUAAGAAUCGGAGGCUUUAUCUUAAAUUAAACAAUUUUAAAGACAUGUUGGACACUUUAAGAACCAAGUAAUUAUUUGAUCUGUCUCUAAAUAUAUUUUAAAAGUAAAUUAAAAAGUAGUUGAUUUUUGCGAUCUAAAACGUACGUUUCACUUUGUUCGGCCUCGGCCGUUUCGGGUUGGAGACAAGUUGGAGACAUUUUUAUUUGGGUCUAGGAGAAAGAAAAAUUAUAAAAGGCAAAUGGGAAUCGGUAAAAAAUGCGACACGCGAAUACGCUUGUGUAUGUCGAAUAUUAUAUAUCUUGUAUCCCGGUAUAUAUGAGACUAAAUGGAGACCAAAAAGGAUUUCUCAGUGCAUUACAUAUUCCUUUAUUCUCACGUUUCGAAUCUCCAAUCACGCGCUUAGGUAUAGAUUUUAUAGACAGAGGGUUAAACGUUAAACCUGGGACUAUGAAACGUCUGUUCUCAUAUGAUGCGCGGGUCAUCUCAUCGUCUCUUGAAACAUAUUAUCCUUAAAACAAGUAGAAAUAUAAGUACAUCUUAUAACUAAAACGUUUUUCAGCCGGUAUAAUAUAAUAUAAAAAUUUGCUUAAUAUAUUUUUCAUUUUCUUCACGUCAAUGGAAAAUCAUUAUUCAAUUU